UCGGUUUAUGUAUUUUUGUGUGGAUUCUUUUUUUAAUUGUGUAUUAUUGUGAAAAAUGCUAUAAGAUUUUAAAGAAAAGUGUAAAAAUAAAUAAUCAUUGGCAGUUAUUGGUUUUUUUAUAUAGAUUUUAUACAAUUUACAAAUACGUCCAAUGUCUACUAGACAUUUUAUUAGUUGCUUAUACAAAAUUUUACUGCCUCUGGCUUUCAUUCCACUGCAAAUAUUAAUAAUACCAACACAUCAGUUAUUACUAAUUUAAGAGGAAUUUCGACGAAAAUUGUAAUAAAUAAUGUUACAAGACGAGGAGGAGUAUAAAAAGGAGAAUUUCUUGUUUAUAUUGUUGAUGUCGGCAAAUGUCGCUAUAACAUUGGUGGUAAUGUUGGCAGCCUGUCUCUGUUGCAAGAAAAAAAUGCCAAAAAAUGACCUAAUGGGUCUUGAGGGUAAAGUGAAGUUAAAUGAUCCUGAUGAAGUUGUAGUUAUUACCACCUUAAACACCAGUGAAUCGCAUGUGGAUCUUAAUAAUUCUACAAUAUCCCAAGGAGACUCAGAGAAAAGGGCCAGUACAGCUGCCCACCGCUCCUUGCCCGACAUACCGGUAGCUGAUGUUAAUGGUGACACAGGCUCCGAGUUGUACGAAACUGUAGCUGAUAAAAUGCUAUUGGAAUCUCAAAAUCAAAACAAAAGUCCUACACCCAGUUUAAAGAAGCAAAUAAGCGUUUCUCAACAUAGUUCCAUAAGUCAAGCUGACGACGUUAGUUCACCAUAUUCAAGAGUUAAAAACUCACCACACGAUUAUGCUAAAGUAAGGCCAACAGAACAUCCAUAUGCUCAGUUAAAUGCGCCUUCAACAUCUCAAUCAGUUAAUGCCCAACUCACAACAUCUCAUGUGGAUAUUAGUGCUCAAAGCACAGGUACUCAAUCAGUGUCUACUAUCAAUGAACAACAUCAGCAGCGUACAUCUCAUCACAGUGAUAAUUCACAAAAUCACAAUGAAACCCCUGCACCUCAGGUUGAAAUACCUGCUGCUUCGGCAAUCGCUGGCAUGAUAUCGGCCAGUCAAGAUUUACCUUAUAUGACGCCACCAAUAGCUAAUCAGCAUUUUAGUGGUGACUCACAAGAUUCCUCAAAAGGUUAUACGAGUAUUAGUGUACGAGAACCCUUGGCGAAUAUUUUAGCUCAGCAGCCAGCCCCUCAAACACAAAUACGCAGCACUACACAUUCACGUGAUGUAAAUGAUUCGCAUUAUGCCACAGUCUCAGACGAUUCGGACGAAACCUAUGCUGCCAUUGAAGAUCCCAACACACGUUUACAACAUGCCAACACCACGACCGAUAUUUAUACCAGUGGUUCUGAAACGUAUGCCCAGAUCCAACCGAUGCAAUCACCCAAUUCUAUAGUAGUUUCAGUUGAAAUCAAUAAUGCCAGUACAUCAACUUUGGCAUCAUCAAACUCUACGCUGACUGGUGGUGCAGCUCAUAACAGUUCACUGUUAUCAUGCGACCAUGUUAAUACUUCAUUGACGUCUCAACAUUCUACCAGUUCGGUUAUUGGUCCCUUACGGACGAGCUUAGAGCACAAUGCGAAUAAUACACCAAUACCACCACCGGUCGAUAGCUUGCGGGCCCAAAUGCAUUCGAGGCAGGCCUCGGCAUCGUCUAACAAUAGCUCUUCAUUGUGCAAUUUAGGUUCACCAAAACCAGAAAAACGCCAGGCCAAUUCACCACUACCACCGACUCCCAAGUCAAAUCUCUCCUCGACAACUCAACUGCAAGCAAUGAGUUCCACCAGCAACUUGACUUCUGGCCGUAAUUCUGUAAUUUCUGUGAUUGAAUGUGCGGGUGAGAUGAAUGAGUUGGGCUCAGGAGAAUUAUCACAGCAAGAUGGUUCACCGCAGAGAAGAAAUAAGAGCUUAAGUCCUUCUAAAGAUAUCGAGGGAAUGUAUGCAAAGGUCAUGAAGAAAAAUAAAUUUUCACGCAAUUCACCUUCAUCCCAAAAUAAUUCUCCAGUAUUGCCACGCAAAAACGAUGAACAUACUUCCGCUACUUUGGGCUUAAGUCCUUUAGAUUCUAUGGCCGCUGAUCUUUUAGAGAAUAAUGUUACAAUUUUAAGCACUGGCGAUAGAAGUCGUUUACGCAGCAAUAGCUAUGGUGCCACUAAGGAUCAUGGCUAUGAAACUAUACCAGCUGAUGCUAUGAGAUCAAAUUCGUCACAUGGUGUCAUUGAAAAUCGUAAAUCUGAUUGUUAUACGCAUAUAUUGCAAAAGGAACGCCAACGAGAGGGUGUUCAUACCUCAUCAAAACCACCGAUUACCGUCUAUAGUGUACAAUUAAACAAUAGCGAUAAACAUUAUGAAACUAUUGCUAAUCCCGGCUUAUCAAAUAGAUCAAAUGAUCCUGGAUAUGAAACAUUGUUAAAACCAAAAAUAAAUUCCUCCUUAAUUGAUGACAGUGAAAAAAAAUCAUCCGAUUACGAUCCAAAUUAUGAAGUGCUUAAAGGGCCAAAUGUUACUACUAGCAUCAAUUCAGCAGGUGCAUCAGAUGAUGGUUAUGCCAAAGUACUGGAAAAGAAGCGUAUAAAUAUCGAUGAAGAUUCAAUUGACGGUUACAGCAAGGUGAAGGGAGAAGAGAUCGAUGAUGUGCGAAAUGCUACUACAGGAGGCUAUAGUACUAUUGCCGAUGUUAAGGGACCCGAUGCCAAUCACAAUUAUGCCAGUAUUUUAGAAGCAAAAGGAGGUGCAGAUGGUAGCCACGAAACUGAUAGUGAUCACUAUGCCCGCAUAGCGGAGAAAACUGAGCCGACUACACCAAAUUUGCCUCUCAGCAAUUCCAACAAAUCAAUGGUAGAUGAGUUACUAACACCACGCACCGCCGAUUUAUCCAUAACAUCACCAACAUCCAUUACUAGUAGCUCCAUCUUAAACACUAGUUCCAUUAAUUCCACAUCCACUAAUCUGACCACCACUAGCACAAUAAGUUCACGCCAAACACCUACCUCCUCUUCUCAAUAUGAAUCCCUUACAGGCAGUGAAACCGAUCCCAACUAUGAAUCCGUCUGCUAUUUGAAUACAUCUGGGCAGGAAAAUCCUUACGAACGCCUGCAGACCGAGUUCUCUGAUGACACCCAACUGAGCUCGCCACCUUUAAGUCCGGUUACAUCAAACACUAGCUCAUCAGCACACACGCCAUCGGCAACCCAACCAGAACAUUCCACCAAAACAUUAGCAACAAAUGGUUCCAAAAUAAAUUUGACAGCUGAUCCAAAUGCAGAUAUUUUGGUCAAUGACUAUUUUCAAGUAUAAACAACUUUUUAAGUACAUACUCUAAAGUGAUUCCAUUAAUUAACCAAUUAAUGACUUUUUUUAUAUAUACAUAUAGAUAUAUACAAACAAAUAAAUUAAUAGUGCUGUUGUAGUGACACAGUUAGCGAGAGUUAUAGGGAAAAUACAUAUUUUUAAGGCUUUGCUUAGCAAUCUCCAUCAUUAAGUAUUUGCACACAUAUCAUUUCAAUGAUACUUUAUAAGAAUCUUUGUUUAUAGCUUUAAAAAUGUUCGAUUUACAUUACUAAAAAAAAAUAAAACACCAUUUCCAAAUUCUAUUGCACCAUAUUUUAGUUCACCCUUCUUAUAUACAUAUACAUAUAUUGGAAGUGUAAAAUUAUUAAAUUAUUUUGAAUAAUUUGUAUAUUGAAGACAGCCAAAUUGUAGGUUGUUUAUCAUUCACUUCCUAAAAACAUUUACAUAUGAAGUUAUUUAAAGCACAAUUAAAUAACAGCAUUUAACAAAUAAAAGUGGGAAUAUGUAAAUAUUUACUGUACAUUACAGAUUUGCAAUGAAUUGGAAAUGGAACUUCGUACUAUGUGCACUUUGUAUGUAUGUACAUUAUUAUACUUUUUAUUAUGAUUAUUAUUUAAAAAUUUGUUUUUAUUAUAAUAUUUACUUAUAUUUUGUUAGAUUUUCUGCUCUUCCCCAUUUUUUAUUUAAAUUUAUUUAAUUUUUGUUUUAUCCAUUUUUGAGUGUCACUUUGCGAUACCAAAUGCAGCUAAACGUUGUUUUUAUUUUUAUUUGUUUUAUUACUGUGUAUUUAAAAAUAGUUAUUCAUUUUUUUUUCUUUAAACUAUACAGUACCAUGCACAAUUGAACGCACUCAUGCACUUUUGUUAAAACAUAAAAUUUUUUAUUUAAUUAUUAUUUUUUUUUAGUUUUAAUUUGUUUAUAUAGAUACUAAGAGCUAUCUAAAGUUUAGAUUAGAAGAAGAACAACUGCAUUAAAUAUUUGUAUGUAUGUUUAUUUUUUUAUUAAAUUAUUUAUUAUUUCAGAAAAUAAAAAAUGAAAUAAAAUUAUAUAUUAUAAAUAAGGCCUUUUAUAAUAUGCCUAUACAAUAAAAA